AUGUCGCAGUACCCUUCCGCCGCCCCCGGUCAGAAGACCUUCAAGCUCAACACGGGCGCACCCAUCCCCGUCGUCGGCCUCGGCACCUGGCAGUCGGCCCCUGGCGAGGUCGCAAAGGCCGUCGAGAGCGCCAUCAAGGCCGGAUACCGCCACAUUGACUGCGCCUGGAUGUACGGCAACGAGCACGAGGUCGGCGAGGGCAUCAAGGCCGCCGGCGUGCCCCGCGAAGAGCUCUUCAUCACCACAAAGAUCUGGGGCACCUACCACCGCCGACCCGAAGAGGGCCUCGACGACUCGCUCAAGAAGCUCGGACUGGACUACGUCGACCUGCUCCUCGUGCACUGGCCCAUCCCGCUCAUCAUCCGCGGCGACGAAAAGAUCCCGCUCAACGCGGACGGAUCGCGCGCCAUCGACGCCGAGUGGACCGUCGAGCAGACCUGGGAGCUCAUGGAGAAGCUGCACGCCACCGGCAAGGCCAAGGCUAUCGGCGUCUCCAACUGCAGCACCGCCUACCUCGAGCGCAUCCUCUCCAAGGCCAAGAUUGUCCCCGCCGCCAACCAGAUCGAGCUGCACCCCUUCCUGCCGCAGCACAAGCUCGUCUCGUACUGCCAGAGCAAGGGCAUCGUGCCGCAGGCCUACUCGCCGCUGGGCUCGUCGGGCGGACCGGUGCUGCAGGACCCGCUGGUCACCGAGAUUGCAAGCAAGCACGGCGCCGACCCGGCCCAGGUCGUCAUCUCGUGGGCCGCCCAGCGCGGCGUCGUCGUCCUGCCCAAGUCGGUCACGCCGAGCCGCAUCGCCACCAACGCCAAGCUCAUCACGCUCUCGGACGACGAGAUGCUCAAGCUCAACGAGCUCAGCCAGCAGCCCGGCAAAGCCGUCCGUCUGAUCCAGCCCGCCUGGGGAGUCGACCUCCAGUUUGACAACUAA